GCCUCCGAGCAGGCGAAAUGGUAGGACGCCUAAAACUGCAGGCGCGCGUGCGGCUGCGCGGGGAUGAAGAGCGGGGUCCUCGCGGCCUUAAAUAGGCGGGCGGGCUGCUCCGCCCCUUCCUUUUCACCAUCGGUUCGUGGAAGCUGUGAGGUGGGUGUCGGGUCUCUCGCUCUCUCUCUCGCCCCCCCUUGGUUCUCCUUGUUUUUAGGGAGGGGGGGGAGAGAGAAGAAAGACGACUCUCUUUGCUGUUCGCUCCCUCUCGUUUUCUGCCGCUCCCCGUUUAACAGGCUCCCUUCUUUUCUUUCAGCCACCCCCCGGGCGGGAGAGUCACCACCAACCAUGGCCGAGGAAGGGUAAGUGCGAGCAGACGGGGACGGGGCGGGGCGAGACCUCCUGGAAGCUUCCUUGCUUCUCUUCCCCGAUUUCCGGGCCCCGCGCGGGGACUUCGCCUUCUGGCUGCACGUGGCUGGGCCCAAGUUUCUCUCCUCGCCGCCGCUUGAACCACGUGCUUAGCGAAGGCCCCGCAGAGCCUUUCUCCUCUUCCCGCCCCCCUCCGGCCGCUUUCAGAUAACUGGAACAUGGCGCUUCAGUGCAAAAUAGGCCACUCGGUCGGUGUUGCGGGAGGGCCUGAAAGUUUGCAGGAAGAAAGUUUCCAGUUCUUUCCUCUUCCUUGCGGACACCUGUGCGCGCCCGCCCGCCCGCAAUCUAUUCCUCCCCUCCCCCUCCCCCCGAAUCCGGAGUCUCCAUGCGGUGAAGGGAGCGGGUUUUUUUCCCCCUGGACGCCAGUGUGAGAUGGGGAGGUUGAUGGGAAACUGGGCGUCUGUAAACAUUAAUUUGAUUUAUCGUGGGAUCCCAGCGGAGCAGCAAAUGGUCCUGGCAAAUUUCAGAGGGGUUUUUAGCCUGCUCUGCAGAGACUCAAAAAGCGUCCUGUCCCGUGUCGACUUCACUGCUAUUGCCAUUAUUACAGCAUUGAUCCUCCAACGUGACCCUCCUUAUUUUAUCCUUAAAACAUAAUCCUAUGGCAGCCUGGGAGUGUUAUGGUUUGAUGUUACUCCAUGUCUUUUUCAUUGCCUCUUUGUUUUAAGGCUAAAGCUGCACUAAAGUCUGUAGAAGUUUAUCCCAGAAUGUUUAUUAGUGUUCUGAGUUGUAAUUGGCUGUGUUGAUAAGCUCCUUACAAUUCCAUCCCAAACCACUGUUACUAGUGAUAUAUCUCCAGUGUUUGGCUUACUGCUCUUUCUCCCACAUAUUAAAUGAUCAGGGUGCUGAUUUUGCUGUAGUCAACAGCUUCAUGGGUUGCAGCAUGCAGAGUGGAAGAGUUGGAAUUGUAACUUACGAAACAAUACUUAUUAUCUCCAUUCAUAUAGACCUCAUUCUUUUUAUGGCCUUGAUCAGCUUAAAAUCAGCAUUGUGCUUCAUAAGGUGCUGAUCAGUGAGGUUAGCAAGCUUGCAAGUAACAAAAACUCCAUGGCACAUUAUUUUUAAAUAGUGCAUACACAAUUUAAACAGAUUUUAUUAGUCUGGUAGUGUUGCUUACUAAACAAGGUGGUGUGCAAACUUAAUAUUCUGUGUUACCAAACAUUCAUUUAAAAGUUGUCAGUAAUGUAGGAAAUUCAAUUUUAGUAGCUUCUAGGAAAGAACAAUCUGGGAAACAAAAAUACACAUUGUGGCCAUAUGUAGAAUAUUUCAUACAGUUCUGGUAGCUCUUUCUCAUGAGAUCAUAGAAUUCAGAAACAUUCAGGAAAGUGCAAUUAAGAUGAACAAGGGCAGACCUCCCCUAUAAGGAAAGGUAUAAGCUGCUGUUGCUUUUUAUUUUAAAAAGAUACCCAGAAGUAGUCUUUUGAAAUUCUCAGUAGUUUUAAUAUACAUAAGAAGACACUGGUAUUGCCUGCCAUCCUAAAACCCAAAUUGUCAAUGAAAAUGAUAUUUUGGAGUAGCCAGGAGGAACUAGAAUUCAAAAAAGGCCACUGUUAUAAGUAAGUUGUUUUUAGAAGUUCUAAUUGUAUUGUUUAAGUAUUAGACAUUUGCUGCUCUAGGCUCUGUUAAGAAAUACAUGCAUUUAACAAAUUAAGCCAUGACCUUUUGUUCAGAUUUGUGCAAAAAAAAUCUUUUUGCUGUAGCAGUUGAAUGAAUCAGUGUUUGGAUACAAUGUAUGUCCAAUUCCAGAUGUUGAUUUAAAUGUUCAAAAAUAUCUGGCUGGCCACUGUUAACAGCAAAAGGGACCUAGUUGAAUGUUGGUGAGAUAAAGCAAGUUCAUGUUCUUCUGUGUUUUUUCAUUUGCUAGCAUUGCUGCUGGAGGUGUAAUGGAUGUCAACACCGCCCUUCAAGAAGUGCUGAAGACCGCACUUAUCCACGAUGGCUUAGCCCGUGGAAUUCGUGAAGCUGCCAAAGCCUUAGACAAGUAAGUGCUGGAUGUUAACUAGUAUGUGUGCCUCCAUGUUGGAGUUUGGUCGGGCAUUUCCUAUAAGAGUGAAAAGAAAGUUGCUCAGGGUAGAUUACAAUAGUAAAAAUUCCUUCUGUCCUGUAAAAAUGAUUAAAAUACAACCAUGGCAGAGACCACAAAUAAAACUUAAUUAAAACAGCAUAUAUUUAGCAGGUAACAGCCUGCUAGAAUAAAAACAUCUUCACAAAUUAGUGAAAGAUGGCCAGAGAAAGAACUUCUAUGGCUUGCAGGACAAAAGUGUUCAACAGUUUGAGAUGAGAGCUACAGGUUUUGAAUGAUGACUCUCUUAAAAAGUCGGAUACCCCUUCACUCUUACUAUGAGUGAGAAUAAUAGUCUGACAAACCUGUACAUAUAGAUUGGUCUUAAGAGUAGGAGCUACAAAUAGUCUAGUAAGGUCAUGGUGGUGGGAGUAAUAUAGUAAAAGCACCCAGUGUAGUUUGAAAAAUUCUAAUUGGUUGUGUUAACAUUACUCGUAACUAGGUAAAUAAAACACAUUUAAAAACCUGGACUAAAUUGUUACUGACUGGGCAUCUGGUACUUUAAGCUACAUUUAAAUUGCAGCAGUGGUAUGAAAUUCACUAGUAUACUGGUUGUGCCGUUCUUUGGUACUAACUUCAAAGUCUAUAAAGAAAACAAAAAUACUGUUUAUGAUCCAUGAUAUUGAUCCCAGUUUCCCUCAUGUGACUUUAAAAGAACACACAGAAAGAGAUUUCCUGUUAUACUUGCCCAGAUAAUGUCCUAUUGAUUUGUGGACUAAUGGGAAUGGUUUGGGGAAACUGCAGGUGGGGAGUCAGUAGAAUUUGGCCUCUCUGGGUGAACAGAAGAGCAACAUGGAAUUGGAUCUUUGCUGUAGUCCACUGUGUAACUAAUAAUGGUCUAUUGUUUUAGACGCCAAGCCCACCUUUGUGUUCUCGCAUCCAAUUGUGAUGAGCCCAUGUAUGUCAAACUGGUUGAAGCACUUUGUGCUGAACAUCAAAUCAACCUGAUAAAGGUAAUGAUUAUGUACAUCUUUUAGAUUAAUAAUUGAAUGCAAAAGCUGUUUUGCUUGUUCGGUAAAAUAUUUUCUACUGAAUGUAGCAUCUAGAUCAGGCAUAGGCAAACUCGGACCUCCAGAUGUUUUGGGACUACAACUCUCACUAUCCCUGACCACUGGUCCUGUUAGCUAGGGAUGAUGGGAGUUGUAGUCCCAAAACAUCUGGAGGGCCAAGUUUGCCUAUGCCUGAUCUAGAUGCUUGACUUUUUAAGUACUGUUCACGCUGUACAGUGAUGAUAACUUGGCUCCCUCUACUGAGACUUGUGAGGAGAACAACCAGUAACGUUACCCUUUAUUUCUGAGUGUACAGCUUGCUUGCUUGCUUGCUUGCUUGCUUGCUUGCUUUCUGUGCUUACCAUCUUAUUCUGAAGGCAGUACUAAAGGAAUAUAAAAAUCUUUGACAGGUUGAUGACAACAAGAAGCUGGGUGAAUGGGUAGGUCUCUGCAAGAUUGACAGAGAAGGAAAACCCCGUAAAGUUGUGGGCUGCAGUUGUGUCGUUGUCAAAGUAAGUUGAUGAAAGUGCUCUUUAAAAAAAAUGGGUACAUAUUUUAGAGUAGUUUUAUUUGCUAAGUGUUUUAUUGUGCCUUUACAUACUGUUGCCUACAUUUUGGUCUCAGAUUGCAGCUCUUGAGCUUGAUUAAUCCAGACCUGAAUGUCUUAACUAUUAUCAGCAUAACAGUUAACAGCAAAGAAGCACACCACUUGCUGCUUUGCUACUGUUUGAAGAGAAAUAAAUUUUUGGUUGGCGCCUGUGGUGGGUGAAUGAGAAAUUGGGGUUAGAGGGGACUUUCUGCAUGUGGGAAUAUUGAAAGAGAUACAAUUUCCCUACCCAUACAGUUAAGUGAUAUUUUGUUGCUCUUUUAAUCUAAAUACUUGCCAAAUUUAAACCGAGCACCUCAUAUUUCUCAUAAGUAAAACAUUUUAAAUGAUUGUUCUGUAAUGGUGCACAAACUGAUUAUUUGUUCCCUUUCUUGUUUAAUGGGCAGCACUGCCAGCUGGAUAAAAUCUGCUUAACUUUCAAGUGUUCUGCAGAAAUGCAAACUAUUGCUGGCAGUAAUAAAGCCAGGGUACGAGCCUUGAAGACUAGGUAGUCAUUGAGGUCCCAAUAAAUGGCUACAUUUUGGUUUUUAAAUAUGGGUUGACUUUAUUUUACUGAAUACCCUGUUUUUAGUACCCCAAAAUGGGCUCUGACAUUUGGCUUAUUGUCUUAUUAAUGCGUUGUCUUAUUGUAGGACUAUGGCAAGGAAUCUCAGGCCAAAGAUGUCAUCGAAGAGUACUUCAAGUGCAAGAAAUGAACCAAUAAAAUAUAUUUGCGCCUGACAGUGUUUGUGUUUUGCUGGUCUUGAGAUAGAUAACCAUUUUUUUUCAAAUGGAACUAGUUGUUCAUUCUGGACUUUAAUUAUGUAGAGGGGCUACAGAUAGAUUACUCCCAUUUCCUUCCAGGACAGUUUUGUAUGUAUGUAAUCAUGUCAAUCUCAAUAAGUUUAUUGAGAAAACCAUACAGGAAGCAACUUGAAUCAGAUUAUACAUAAUGCAGUCUCUACUUUCAGACAUGUUUGAGACAGCUGGUUUGAACACUCUUUGAAACCACCCUCCAUUAAGUAGGCACUUUAGAGAGCCUUGUUUUCCUUUUUGAUAUGGAAGUCCCAUGCCAUGCUGGGGUGUAUAGGUAGAACAUGUGCUAAUGAAAACCCAGUCAAGGAGCAAACCAGUGCAACAAGGUCGCUGCCAUAUUGCUCAGUAAUGGAAUUUUCUGGACUAAAGCCAGGUUAUUGGCUUUGGGUCUUAGCUGGGAUACCAAUUUAAGAUGGAAAAAGUGCAGGUGCUGCCAUCUUUCAGGGGAUGGUUGGCACCGCCCACCUCUGGUCACAUUGGACCCUCUGGUAAGGGCAGGCAGUGUGCUCAGCCAAUCAGAGUCGGGCUGGGAGCCUGUUUUAAGGGGGCGGCCACACAACACUGCAUUUCCAUGCACUUUGCUGAGAAACAAGCUCCACUGAGUUCAACAGUGUUUGGGUUUAAUGGUGGUAUUCCCAGAUAAUUAUGAAUAGGAUUGCAAGCAUAGUCUGUUAAGGUUCUUAUAAGAGUCUUUGCAAGAAAGAACAAAUGUACUGAGGCUAUAGGUUUAAUGGGCCAGAGUCUAGAUGAAUGUACAGAAAAUAAAGGAUUUUUUUUUAAAGUGAUGCAAGAGAACAGGUAUGUCAAGUACAGAGCACAGUGUGGUGCUUUUUUACAUGUGCUGAGAGAGACAUUAAACUUGGGUUUGUGCUGAAGC